AUGCCUCAAAAAUUUAAAAAACAACAUGAUCAUCCUAAAAGACAAAGUAAAAAGAUUGAUAAAGAACAACAAAAAGAAGUUAUCGAUAAAGUACAACAAAAAGAUAAAGAAUUACAAAUAUUAUCUGAUAAGUUUAUACAAUUAGAACAAAUUGCAGAUAAAUUUUAA